GUUUUGUCCUUCGGUUUUCCUGUACUUGGCCAGUGUAGUUCCCGCAAUAUGGCUUCUGGAACUUGACAAAGUUGAUAGAAAAAUGAAGGCGUUGGGAGAUCUACCGAUGAAUCUUACCACGGGAAGCCAACUCAAAGAACUGAGUACUCUUUUCGCUGGGGUUCAAAUACAAUUGCCAGAAAUAUCGAUGAGUACGGAGACUUGGAUAACAUUAAUUGAGCAGUUUUUAAUGUUGAUUCUCAUAAUUGGAAGGUGGAUGUUGCCAAAAGGUGAUCUCACCAGAGAUCAGCUUAGCCAGUUAUUACUGGUUUAUAUUGGCACAGCUGCUGAUAUCAUAGAAUUUUUCGAUUCUUUCAAAGAUGACAAAAUUGCAUCACAUCAAGUUUUGGUUUUUCUAACGUUGGGCAUAUGGUCAUGGAGUUUGAUGCAGUUUACAGUGGUUUUAACAGCUACAAAAUCAAGAAAAUCUCGACUUGCUACAACAUCAUCUACUGUAGACAGAUCAGAAAACCGUAGUAUAGAUGUCUGCAGUAUCUUAUUGAAUAUCAUUCUCCAGGAUGCCCCCUUUCUUGUCUUCAGACUUCUUCUCAUCACCCACUAUCAAAUAAUCACAUAUAUGAAUAUUUUUUUCACUUGCAAGAAUACUUUGGUAAUUUUGCUUCAGAUCUAUAGAUUGUAUGUAGUGUAUAGUGAACCUAACAAAGAAAAGGGAGCCGGCAAUGAUGUAGAAAUGUCCAACAUUUCAAUCAUUUCAUCUCUAUCCAGAAGUGACCUCACUUUCGAACCAAGAAGAAGAAGAAGAAGACCUUCCAACCAAAGGCAACCAGGUCCAAUUAGAAAUGAUACUUUCAGAAGUACUAGUAGUAGGAGGAGUGGAGAAACAGAGGACUCUAACGACAGUGAUGAAAGUAGAAAUGGUGGCAGAAGGAAUAGAAGAACGUUGAGUUCUCGGAAGGACACUGGCUACUCAACUGCUAGUUCUCAAGUAAGCACAAGAAAUGGAAUUCAGAAAUCUCAGUCGAGAAGAUCUAACGCAUCUAGUAUAUCGAACAGUACUGAAAUCUUGAACCCCGAAUCAAGAAGGAUAAUGAAACAAAAACUCAAACGAUCUGAUAGAGAAACGCGAGGGAGAAGGAAAAUUGAAGAAACAGUUUCGGAAGAAAGUGACGGAACUUAUGAAGACGAGCGAGAUGUAAGAAAGGAAAAAGCCAAAAGGGAACGCGACAGAGAACGAGAAAAAUCUAGAGAAAGGCAAAAAAGCAAGAGGUAUGACAAAGGAUCUACGGUGACUGCAAGUGAUCAAUCGACCGACUGACGUCAUCAACUAGCCAUAAUGGCUAUAUUUUGUUUGUAUUUAUUUAUUUUUAUUUGUUGUUUGUUUUUUAUAUACUGUGGGAUCAAUACCGAAGGUCUCAUUAUCGCCAAGUUAAAUAAGAAAAACAUAACAAAAUAGAAAUUCUUGAUAUUCAUUAAAUUAAAUGUUUUGCAUGAAUCAAGAAAGAAGAACUGAAGCGUGAAGCAUAGCCCUGAAUUAGACAUAGGUAAUAAUAAUUGAAACAUUUCUAAACAACAGUUUCCUGAGAAAAAUAGUUCAAUCCAUAUCGAACGAUGAAGAUUUCAGCCGGUUGAUUAUAUUGUUGAAAAUAAAGUUACUUCGAUGUG